GAUAACCUUUUAUUUGUAGUUUUUUGGAUCUAAAAUAAGCUUUCGUGGUUGUUUUUUGCCUUUAAAUGACGAUUUCUGACGUUACAAUUAAGAAAAAUAACAACCUUUUGGUGAAGAGGGAUUUGGGUUUGUGGCCGGAAAACCGUAAAUUGAUACCAAGAUCAUUUCGUCACUAACUCAGCUGUUCUAUUAUCUACCAACGGCGGAUAUUUCUAGUCACAUUGGGCGUAGUCAAUUGACAAUUUCACGACUCUUAACUUUGUUCAACAAUCGGGUUGUGAGACUUUUACUUGUUCCCUCAAGAAACUAGCGAAUUUUUUAACUUUUUCCCGGAAUAUUACCCCAAUAAAGUUUUUAGAUCCUACCGAAAUGAAUCGAGUUCGGCCGAUAAAGAUUACUGUCGUCGGGGACGGUAUGGUGGGGAAAACGUGCAUUCUCAUUGUGUAUACGAAGAAAGAAUUUCCUGAGUUACACGUUCCGACCGUGUUUGACAACUAUUCCGGUACGAUCGAAGUUGAUGGAUAUCCUUAUAACAUUUCACUGUGGGACACAGCCGGCCAGGAAGAAUAUAAAAAUCUUCGCAUCCUUUCCUAUCCUAAUACGGACGUGUUCUUACUUUGCUACGCAGUUAGCCAUCGGCCUUCUUUUGAAAACAUUGUACAAAAGUGGAUCCCUGAGCUGAAGCACUACUGUCCUCACACAUCCAUCAUCCUUGUCGGAACGAAGGCGGACAUCCGGAAAGACCAUGGAUCGACUAAUACACAAUGUGUAACUACAUUUGAGGGUAGAGAAUUGAGCAAGAAGUUCCAGAUCAAUGGUUUUUACGAAUGCUCGGCAAAAACAGGGGAAAAUUUAGUACAAAUUUUCGAAGAGGCCAUCCGAAUUGCUAUAAAUAAACCGAAACAAAAGCCGUCCAGGUGUGACCUUCUCUAAAUCAUCAAACAUAAGUCAACUACCUACGGAGAAGAUCAUUAUACCCGGAACGGAAUAAACGGAAACACAAAAGGAAGGACAAGGAAAGUAAAAAGAGAAUAAAAAAAAAAAUCCUUGAUUAAUAAUAACUGCAAAUUACCGUUAAAAUCGCACCUGGCUUAUGAUAAAUAAAAAUGUCUUAAAUCAA